AUGGCUGCGGGGUGCGGCCCGAAUGCGUGGCGGCCCUCGGAGCAGCGGGCGAACGACAUCCUGGCGCUGGGGGUUUCCGGCGCACGGCGCGCGGCCAGGGCCCGGCGGCGGGCGGCAUGUGAGGCCGCGGCACGCGCGCACGUGCCGCCGCGGUGCGCUCCAGGCUCAUGGCGGGACCGCGAGGCGGCGGCGCGCCCCGCGCUUCGGCUGGCGGCCUUGGGGCUGCGGGUCCCAGGGGGCGCACGCUGCAGGCGCAACGCCGCGUGGCAUGCGGCGCGAGCGCCCCCAGGCGGCUUCGCGGGGGCCACCAGCGCGGCCCUGGCCCAGGCGGCGGCAGGCCCCAGGCUGGCCUGGGGCGUGGCGGGCGUGGACGGCGUCGUGCACCACAUCGCGGAGGUGGAGACGGCGCCCCUGGACGCCGCGGCGAGGGCAGGAGCCGUGGGGGAGCAGGCGAUCGGGCUGGGGUACUUGCCCGAGAUCCCCGCCUUCCCCGCGCUCUCCGCGGAGCUGCAGGGCGCGGUCGGCGCCGCCGAGGGCGGCGAGAAGAGCGGCUCGGCGAAGGACCUCAACGGCUUCUUCGCGGCGACGGCGCAGACCUUCGGCGACAUGCAGCAGGACCCCUACGAGGAGGUCAGAGCCGUGGGACACCAGGGCAGGACGCUCACGAUGCCCGUGGCGGAGGUGAGCACCCACGGAGCGCAGGUGGAGCUGAAGACGGUGCAGACCAUCGGCGACGAGCAGAAGGACCCUUACGAGGAGGUGGGCACCGUGGGGCACCAGGGCAGGACGCUCUCGAUGCCGUUGGCGGAGGUGAGCACCCACGGAGCGCAGGUGGAGCUGAAGACGGUGCAGACCAUCGGCGACGAGCAGAAGGACCUUUACGAGGAGGUGGGCACCGUGGGGCACCAGGGCAUGCCGCUUUCGAUGCCCGUGGAGCUGAAGACGGCGCAGACCAUCGGCGACGAGCAGAAGGACCCCUACGAGGAGGUGAGCACCGUGGGGCACCAGGGCAUGCCGCUUUCGAUGCCCGUGGCGAAGGUGAGCGUCAUCGGAGCGCAGGUGGAGCUGGAGGCGGCGCAGACCAUCGGCGACGAGAGGCAGAACCCCUUCAGCUGCGAUCGUGCUCUGCCUGCAGAGGGUCGUGUACUACCUGAGGCGGUGAGGGCCCGCGGCGCCUUCGGCGACGCUUGGCUGGCGCUGGCCCGCAAGGGCCGCAAGGACAAGCAGCUCGGCUCCUGCCGUCUGCGGCUUCGCGGACUCCGAGCCAGGGUCGAGGCGCGCGUCGCCCGCAGAGGCUCUGCGGCGGCCCGCUGCGCGGCACGCAUCAAGGCCGUGCUGGACCAGGGUGUUGCUUUGGCGCGGAUGAUCGUGGCUCGGGCCCAGCUGCGGGGCGCGGCAUCCCAUCGCUCGCGCGUCCGCCGACGCCGCCUCCUCGACGCCGUCACGGCGGUGGACGGACGGAAGGGCAAGGGCAA